CAUGGUGAUGAUCUGCUGAUGACGGAGCGAAUCUGUCGCAAAGAAAAUCGAAAUUCGUAAGAGUCGUAUCAUGGACAUGGGCCGCCGGAUGUGACAUUCGACGCCUUUGACAAAGAAAAAACUGUAAAAGAGGAAAUGUUGCUGGUGCGCGGGGGUUGGAAAGACCAAAUGCAAUGGGCCUCUUGGGCAUCGGAUCCAAGAAGCUCCAGAAAAAUGCCGAACGUUGAUGCGAUGCAAUUCUAUGCCAAUGCGUCUGAUGCCGGAAAGAAUGAGACCUAUGUUUUCUCGAGUAGAUGGCAGACAGCCCGCAACGGGCCAUCGAAGCAAACGUCUGUCGAGACCGCGAGGCGAGAGACUUGGAUGUUGCAAUUAAAGAUGUGGAUGUAGAGUGGCGGCGGGGCAUGGUCCAAGGUGUCCGGGUGAAUACAGAAAUCUGAGGCUGCUGGGUUGGUCUACAGCGGGUAUCAAAAAGCGAGAGACCACAUGGCUGGCGAAGACGUAGUUCUAAGUGGUGAAGGCCCAGGAGCGAGAUGAAGGCUUGGAUGAUCAGGCCGCGCUCAAUGGGUGCCUUCUCAGUCGAGUCAAGACCUGCCCAGUGUUCAUCCUGUCAGUCGCGCUGAUGUCCCCAAGAGGCAGUCUACAACGCUGAUCGGAGACUCGACAAACACUUGGCCAGUGUCAGAGGGUGGGAAGCGGUAUCAGUACGAAGC